AUGAUACACGAUGAUGGUGGAUUUACACCAGCUCAAAAAUUCUACUAUUUACGGUCAAGUGUUAGUGGCCAGGCGUUAGACCUUAUCAAGUCGGUUCCAAUGACAGAUACAAAUUAUGAGGUGGCAAUAGAACGCCUGAAACAACGGUAUGAUAAUCGCAGUCUUGUCAUUCAGUCACAUAUUCGAUCUCUCCUGGAAUCUCCAUAUGUAGAACAGCCGAGGGCUAAAGACCUGCAAGCUCUACAUGCCCAUGUAAGCACCCAUGUUGCAGCUUUAAAGGCGCUUGAUCAGCCAACGGAGCACUGGGAUGCGUGGCUAGUAACGAUAAUCGUCAGUCGUUUGGAUUCUGCUACUAGUCAUGCCAGUCGAUGUAUAGCUUUCGAGUCUUCCGAAGCAACUUCUGGACCAAUAAGAGAUAUCAGAACUACAUUGGCCGGUGAAACAGCAAAAAAGAGCAAUGCCAAAAAUGUAUUUCCUGAGACAAAGCGAUCUUUAGUGGCAUCAUCCAAUACAGUAUCCUGUAAAUACUGCACUGAUGCUCAUAAAUUGUAUCACUACGAGAAGUUCAAGGCCGCUACUAUAAACACACGUCUCUCAUUUGUUCAGGAAAAACGAAUGUGUUUCAACUGUUUGACUCCUGGGCAUAUGGCAAAUGUUUGCAGAUCCACUUAUAGUUUUCGGACGUGCAACCGCAAACAUCAUUCGUUAUUACAUCAAGAAAGGCAGCAACAAAUACCAGAGAAGGAGCAGCUUGAAAAUAAGCAACCUGAUAUAAGUCAGCAGCUAUCUACCUCCGGAGUCGUAGUAUCUGCACCAGUACCAGUGAAUACCACCGCAGAAAAUUCACACGUAUUUCUUGCUACAGCAUUAGUCAUGGUUCAGGACAAAAAUGGUGGACAUCGACAGUGCAGAGCCAGCUUGGAUAGUGGCUCUCAAGUCAACUUCGUUUCAAAGAGUUAUGCAAACUUACUGCAGCUAGCAUGUAAGAAGUCUUCAUUGCCAAUAAGUGGUAUUGGAGACAAUCGUUUAAAGGCAAGGUCGUGCAACUUUCACCGUCCUCAAAGUGUUGACCUACUUAUUGGAGGUGGCUCGUUCUUCGACAUUUUGGGAACAACAAAAAUACCAUUGAAUAUAGGUUCAGUCACGCUUUAUGAGAGUAACUUUGGAUGGCUUGUAACGGGAGAACUGCCUAAACGCCAAACACCAACACUUUUGUCAAUUGGACAGACGAUAGAGGAGGAUUGGAAGGUUCUCGGAAUCGUUGAGGAUACAAGCUAUGGUCGAACAUCAAGGGCGAAUAAGAGAAAUCAAGAAGAGCUAGAAACAGUGCAACAUUUUAAGCAACACACAAUACGUGAUGAGGAAGGGCGUUUUGUUGUACGACUUCCCAUCAAGGAGACAAUCAGUGAAAUAGGCGAAACCUUACCUAUGGCGAUCGCACGAUUCUUAAAUGUAGAGAAAAGAUUGCAGCAUGACGAACACCUGAAGAACGAUUUAUGA